UCUCCGCCUAUAGCUAGGCGGGAUUAAAAAUAUUUAUGCUCAAUUACUUCUAAGAUCCUCCUUGAAAGAAACUAGCCGCAAAAUGAACGUUGUUUCAUUUACUCGCAAUCUUCAAAUUAUGUUUGACAAAAUGUAGCCGUCUGCAUAUAAAUCUCACAAGCUUUGUCUUCCAGUUCGAUUGCCACAGAACAUAUAUAUGAAUAAAAUGCGUUUGAGUGUCAAUUUGGCACACAAAAUUUCCAGAAAAUCUCUCUCAGCUUUCCCUUCUAUCACAGCACAAGCUGCAACAGAAACAAACAGCGUCUCUGCUUCAAUAAACGAAAACUUAACCAGACUCGCUAAUGAGGGUAAACUGAAGGAAGCAGUGGCCAUUUUAUACGACAUUCGUCACCAAGGUGCCUCUAUUUCUAUUUACUCUUACACAUAUUCUUCACUUUUGCAAACAUGUGCCUCCAUGAAAGCCCUCUCAGAGGGUAAAAUAAUCCACUCCCACAUUCUUAUGAAUGCUGGUAGUGCGUCAAACAUAUCUUUAUUAAACAAAGUGGUAACCACGUACUGUAAAUGUGGAAGUCUAGUCGAUGCGCGCCAAGUGUUUGACGAAAUGCCUGAACGAAAUUCAGGCUCAUGGAAUGCAAUUAUUAGUGGAUAUGCGAGACAGGGUAACUGUGAAGAAGCCUUGUUACUUUUUCGUCGAAUGCAGACAGAAGGAAUAGAACCUCACCCGUUUAUUAUGACGAGUAUUCUGUCGGUUUGUGGGAGACUGUCGGCUAUGCAAAAUGGCAAGGAAAUUCAUUCUUAUGUUGUUAGAAGUGGGUUCGAAGAGGAGGAUGUUUUUGUAGGGAGCUGUCUUGUAGAUAUGUAUGCAAAAUGUGGGAAUGUAGAAGAUGCACGCAACGUGUUUGAUAAAAUGCAUCAAAGAAAUGUGGUCUCAUGGAAUACUAUGAUUGCAGGAUAUGUCCAGAUUGAGGAUUUGGAUGAGGCGUCAAAACUUUUUGAUGAAAUGGAGAUAAUUGGAUUGAAGCGGAAUGCUGUCACCUGGAAUUCAAUAAUUGCAGGAUAUGCACGAAAUGGGCAAGGUGCUGAAGUUUUAGAACUCUUUGGACAAAUGAAGUUGGCAGGCAUAUGUCCAGAUUCGGUUACAUGGAAUGCAAUGAUUACAGGAUGUGCGCAGAGUGGGAAGGGAAAUGAGGCUUUGGAACUCUUUCGGCAAAUGCAAUUGGCAGGACUAAAUCCAAAUGUGGUAUCAUGGAAUUCGUUGAUUACAGGGUGUGUUCAGAAUGGUUGUAAUGUUAAUGCGUUGGAGCUGUUACAUCAAAUGCAAUUGACUGGUAUUAAGCCUAACUCAAUCACCAUUGUAAGCUCUCUGACAGCAUGUGCUAGGCUAGAGGACUUUCUGCAUGGUAAGGAAAUUCACGACCGUGUGGUUAGAUGUGGCUAUUUGUCUGAUGUUUUUGUUGGGAACGCCCUUAUAGACAUGUAUAUCAAAUGCAGAAAAAUUAAGGAUGCCCAAAGACAUUUUGACAAAAUGGCCCGUAAAGAUGUGAUUUCAUGGACUUCAAUGAUUGCAAGUUAUGCUCAGGAUGGAGAUUAUGACCUAGUAUUAAAAUUCUUUUAUCAAAUGCAACUGGAGGGGACAAAGCCAAAUUCGAUUACAUGGAAUGCAAUGAUCUCGGGAUAUGCGCAGAAUGGGCAUAACGAUAAGGCUUUGGAACUAUUUAAGCAAAUGCAACAGGAAGGUAUAAAACCUGACGUGACCUCAUGGAAUGUGUUGAUUGGAGGGUAUGCUCAGAAUGGGAAUGGUAGCCUGGCAUUGGAUAUGCUGCAACAAAUGCAAAUGGUAGGUAUAAUGCCUAACGUUAUAACCUGGAAUGCAAUAAUUGCAGGUAAUGUGAACAAUGGAAAUGCAGAGGCGGCCUUGAAAGUUUAUAGUCAAAUGCAAAUGCAGGGUGUUAAACAUGACCCGGUUACCUUGUUGAGUGUACUCUUGGCAUGUACCCGUUUAUCAGCCCUGCAAAAGGGCAAGGAAAUUCACAGUACAAUAAUAAGAAAGAAACAUGAUUUGGAUGUUUCUGUAGGGAAUGCUCUCAUAGACAUGUAUGCUAAAUGUGGGAGUAUACAGAAUGGAGUCCAGGUAUUUGAAAAGAUGUCCGACAAAGAUGUGGUUUCAUGGAAUGCAAUGAUUGUGGGCUAUGGUAUGCAUGGCCACGGCGAAGAUGCCCUCAAAGUCUUUGGCCAAAUGCAACAGUCAGGCACGAAACCAAAUUACAUCACCUUUAUUGGUGUUUUGUCUGCCUGUGUCCAUGCAGGCAUGGUAGAUGAAGGCAGGAGUUAUUUUGCUUGCAUGAUACAAAAUUAUUUCAUAACACCCUGUGUGGAGCAUUAUGCCUGCAUGGUUGAUCUACUUGGGCGUGCUGGAUGCCUAGAAGAGGCUUACGACUUCAUCAAGAGUAUGCCGUUAAAACCUACUGCAAGCAUGCUGGGGGCCUUGCUUGGUGCCUGCAACAUCUACAAUAAUGCAGAGCUAGCAGAAACUGUAGCAAAUCAGCUUUUUCAGAUAGAGCCUCAAAAUGCUGGAAAUUAUGUGCUCCUGUCAAAUAUCUAUGCUGCAGCUGGGAGGUGGGAUGAUGCAAGAAAGGUGAGAAAAAUAAUGCAAAACAGAGGUCUGAAGAAGAAGCCAGGUUGCAGUUGGAUUGAUAUCUAGAAUUGGAGGCACACUUUCAGUAAAAAAGUAACUUUCUUUUGCCUGAUACAAUGAGCUCAUUUGCUUAAAACAUCAAGGUUUUACAAUGGAACCCCAGGUUCAUUGCGCAGGAGAUAUGAUAGUGUUGAAAUUGGGUAAACUACCACAUUGAACUUGCUGGCUGUGGCAUAGCCCAAUGGACAAGGAUAAGAUCACCCCACAAGAGGGAUUUACCUAACCAGCAGGAAGAGUUAUAUCUGCAAACAGAGAAAAACAUUGAAGUUUGAAAACUUGUGAUGUUAGAGGGAGUUGGGAGCAAAUGUUGUCAAAACAAACUAUAUGAUUUACAACGCAGGUCAGAAAGAUGACACUCUUUUCUAACAAGAGUUAUUGUGAAGGAGUGAUCUUCCCAAAAGGAAUUUGUACAACAUUGAGUUUAAGGGCAUGCCCAACAGGCAGAAAAAUACAUCUGUAAUUCAUAGAAUUAACUCUUAUUGAAGGGCUCUAAGUAGGUCUCAAAGGAGAGAUUGAGGCAUAAAAACGUUUGAGAGCAGUUGCUACUCCUGUAGCAGAAGCUUGGGGAGAUGGCUUGAUGGUAUAUAAGAGAAGUUAAGAUUGUAUAGCAUAUAUGAUAUACUGCAUAUGCUAACAAUGGAUGAUAGUUAUAAAUGAUGUGAAAAACUAGGAAAGCUAUGCAGUGAGUUCAUUUUUAUGCCAUGUCAAUUUGACAAAGCUUAUAUUCAAAUAGUCUGAAAUGAGCAUGCAAACAAGCUAAUGAUAGUGUUGAUUGAAACAUGAAAAUAAGGUACUAUAGAAAUAUAGAAAGGCAUAAUACUGUGACAGGAGUGCAGAUAUCAAUUAAAGAGAAUCUAUCACACAGUGAACUGACAACAGAGAGCAGGAAAUAGACCAGAUCCUGCAGAGAAGGAAAACCAGUGAAUGAACACUGUUUAACAAGCAAGCUGGGGACAUUGAUAGAGAAUGUCACAAAAAGUGUUCAAAACCAGCAUAUAUACUUAUAGAGAUGAAAUCAAGAUAAGAAAUGUUGGAUUUGUGGGGUAAACAACCUAUAAGAAAGAAGAAUCACUGUACUGGUAAGUUUUGCUGAUUGGGUUAACUGAUUGGUACCCAUGCAUAAUCAAGAGAUGCAAAGUUGCAAAGUUGUGACUACUAUAAAGGAUGUGACAUUCAAGAUGGAGCAUGGUUAGAUGUUCAAAAGUACUAUAAAGGACAAUCUUUGCAUGACAAUGACAUUCCUAGGCUAGAAAGAAGAACAAAGAGAAAUUGGCUAUGUAGGACAAAGGACACACAAUAGAAUAAGCAUCAUGGGAGGUACAUGUCUAUUUUAUAUUGAAGAUAUAUGUUUAGAUAAAAUUAGAUAAAUGUUUAGUUUAUGUUUCUUUGUUAACGAUUAUAUAUUAACUUGUACAAUUUUUUUUUACUUGUUAUAUACUUUUGCAUGAUUUAGUAAUGUGGUUCCUCUAUCAUUACAAUAUGUUAGGACUUCUGAUCAUCCUUGGGGACCAUCAUAUGUAGAACUCCUUCUGUAAUCAAAAAUUCUGUUUUAGAGAAAUUAUAGUUCA